CUCGCCUUGGACUGGUGCGGUAUAAAGUCUAGUAUACAACAUUAGCCAUUCCAUUUUUAGCCAUUUGUCCCUGCAAGACAAGAUGGAUGUGUCAAUCAUUCAGAUGCUGUCAGUGCUGUUGGUCUGUGUGGGCACUACAAAGCAAACUGAAGGAUCAUUUGCACUGAAAAUGUGGAGCAAAGAAGACCAGGCACUUCAGGAACAUCUCAAAAUAAUGUAUAAGGAAAUAGAAGCCUUGAGACAUGACCAAAGUCUGAUGAAACAGAAACAAGAAGCCAUUUCGCAGGCGGUGAUGCAUUGUACACAAACACAAGGAUCCGCAGAUAAUGAGGUGAAUAUGACUACCUUGGAAAAAGGCAGCACCUCCAUGUUUUACUCCUUUCCCCACCUGGAGGAGGAUGAUGACACCGAUGACAUGCUUGACCCCUGUAAGAACUACAAGUCACUCAAUCAGGACUGGAGAGCCACCAAUUACACCACCAAGAAAGUUUCGUGUGAUCGCAAUGUGCAAUGGAAAGGAUGGUAUCGCCUGUUUUACAGGGGAAAAAGCAUCCAAAUGCCUGAACUGUGUGUGAAGAAAGAGCACUGUGGCACACAUGCCCCCCUGUGGUUAGUAGGUGGCCACCCACGCAAACGUGACGGCAUUGUCACACGCAAAGUUUGUGGCCACUGGGGCAAUAACUGCUGCGCCUUCAAAUCUCCUCCCAUCCAAGUGAAAGCAUGCAAGAAUUACUACGUCUACAAGUUUGUCCAGCCACUGACCUGCCAUUUGGCCUACUGUGCAGAUGUUAACACUCUUGUCUGUGGGACAUGUAGGAGAAAUGAAAUUUGUAAGAGCAAAGACAAGAUCAAGUGGUUUUGUUAUAAAAAAAAGGUGAGAAAAGUUAAAGUGCACUUCUUUGCUGCCAACCCUAACUCACUCUCUGGCAAAGUGAACCGAAUCCAGUACAAGAAGGUUUAUGUGAAUGUGGGUGGGGCCUUCAACAGCCGCACAGGUGUGUUCACAGCUCCAGUCACAGGCAUCUAUCAGUUCUUCUUCUCCACUCAGUCUGGGAGGGGUGGGCUUAAAACUGACCUGUGGCUCGUCGUGAAUGGUUAUUGGGUGGCUCUGUCUCAUACUCUAGUGAACAUCUCAAACACUGUAGGAAAUCUUUCGACAUACAUGACCACUCUGCGUAAAGGUGCCUUAGUAUAUGUGACUCACACUUGUGGCAACUCCUGGGCGAACUCUGCCUCCAACACCAUUGUAUUUGGGGGGUCACUGCUUUCAGCCGUGAACGGAUGAAUGGAGAGAUUUAGCUACCAUGUGACUAUGUGAAUACAAAUUGUACAGCGAUUUCUAUUCCAUGUCAGUUAUCUUAAAAUACAGUUUUCAAAUGGCGCUGAAGAAAUGACGUAAUUAAAAUUGUGCUUAAUGGGUGCAUUUGUGUGGGUUUACGUGCAUUUCCCAAACUAGCUAGUUACUGGUCUAAUCUGUUUCAUUGCUUUGCUUUUGUUUUAAUUUUGUUCCAGCCUUUUGUAACUCAUUCCUAAUAAAAGUGAAUUGCUAUUUUUCUAGGCAGUUUUAAAAGAAUAAAUAAUUUUUUCCCCAUCAUUUCUGCAUUUUACAAUCAUUUCUUUCUUGCCU